AAGUGAAAUAAAUAAUAUCACCCACUCACCACCCCACCUCUUCAAUUCAGUACCCCCAUAUUUUAUAUAUGUUCAUUCGUAUAUAAGCCAUGGCUCCCCUAAGAUUCAGCCACCACACAUUAAUAAUUUGAUCAUAUUCAUUAUAGUAACCUCAACACCAUGCAACAAGCAAUACCUUACAGGUCAUGGCGAAUUGAUCCACACACCACCACCACCACCACCACACACUUCACAACCCCACCGCCACACUCAGAAAGCAGGGAUACCAACAAGAAGAAGAAGAGUAAAAUGGUGGAGAGAAUAGUGUUAGAGAACGCGGUUAUAGUGUUUGGGAGGAGAGGGUGCUGCAUGAGCCAUGUGGUGAAGCGGUUACUUCUUGGACUUGGUGUCAACCCUGUGGUUCAUGAGGUGGAAGAGAACGAUGAAGAAGGCGUUGAUGGAGAAUUGCAAGCAGCGGUUAUUACUGCCAACAACAAGAACAACGAAGAUUAUUCUGAUGAAGGGUAUUUUAGGAAUAGCAGUAAUAAUAAUAAUAAUAAUAAGGUGCAGUUUCCAGCAGUUUUUAUAGGUGGAAAGUUUUUUGGAGGAUUGGAUCGAAUUAUGGCUACUCAUAUUUCUGGUGAAUUGGUUCCCAUUCUCAAACAAGCUGGGGCUCUAUGGCUGUAAUUAACUCAUACCAUGGUUUAAUUUCCUUUGAUUAAUAAAUUAUGAUCCUUUUUCUUCUUUUC